AUGAAGAUUGCGGUGUUAUUUGUAAUAUUUGUAUUUGUACCUCCGAUUUUUGCCGAAGUACAACCUGAAGACAUCAAAUAUUUUUUAUGGAACUCAAAAACAAGCAACGAAGAAGUCUCUAUAAACAAUUACGGAACAAAUCUAAUUAGAAACGUUCCUUGGAAAAUUCUAGUCCACGGUUGGAUGGAUAAUAUAGAGGCUUUUUGGUACUUAGACGCAAUAAACGUCUUCGUGGAUGAAUUAAACGCCAAUGUGGUCAUCAUCGAUUGGUCUGAACAUUCAAGACAAAUCUAUUCAACUUCUAUGGCGAGAGUGCCUAUUAUUGGGGAUUACAUUGCUCAAUUUAUUCUCGGAUUGGUUAAUUUAGAAGGAGUUGAUUUAAAUCAAGUUCAUUUACUCGGCCAUUCUUUAGGGGGACAAUUAACAGGAUUUACAGGAAAAGCAGUUCAAUCACGUACCGGUAAAAAAGUGGAUAGAAUAACAGGAUUAGAUCCAGCAGGACCAGGAUUUGCAACAGCUUCAAGGGAAAAUCGUUUAGAUUCUAACGAUGCAAAUAAAGUAGAUGUAAUUCACACCGAUUCUGGUGUGUUGGGAUUGGGGAUUAGUAUUUCAGUUGGACAUGUAAAUUUUUGGCCAAAUGGUGGAUCAGCUAUUCAACCGGGAUGUUCAGAAUUUUUAUGCAGUCAUAGCAGAUCAGCUUGGUUUUACAUCGAAGGUGUUAAAAGUAAAGGAUUUGUAUCCACGCGGUGUUCAAGCUUUCUAAAUUAUCGCCUUGGAUUAUGCAGGAAUAAUGAGCAAAACUUAUUGGGGGAAUUUAUUGAUCAUACACUUACCGGAGAUUUUUAUUUAAUUACUAACGCUGAAGCUCCAUUCGCACGGGGAUAA